AUGGAACCAAGCGAGAUAAACUCGACGGCAACCGAAACGGCAUCAGCCCUACCGAACAGACCUCUCAUUGGUAGUGUCUCUGGCGAUCAGAGCGAUCCAAGCGACUCAUCCGAGGUAUCCCACAGCUGUAUCGCUCAGGCCGCUCAAAUCCUUGUCGAUGCAAGGACCGAUCACAAAAUGGGGGAACAAAUAAGAGAUACGGGAUCCACAAGGGGAGGCACUCUCUUGGAAGAGCGCUGCAGGGAUGCGGAGCUUAUCAUGGGCGAUGUGAUCUUCACGAAUCGGAAGAUUAUUGAUCAAGUUACUGGGAUCAUGGGUUGUGACUGUGCGGUAGCCGACUGUCAGAUUUUGGUUGUGAUCUCCCUGAUCUGGUUUCAUCUAAUUGACAAAUACUCCGAAGCCACCACCGUUGCCACGGCAGUGGUCACAACGGGCUUAAUCAGCCGACAAAGUCGAGACAGGAUAACGGGGUCAGUGCAGGUACUUUUGGGCGAGCUUCGGGGCCUAUCAUCGCUAGUUGAAACCCUACUAGCCCGAAGUACAGAAGGACGAGCUGCAACCCCGGGACACGGUGCGGUUGGUGUGUCGGUCUCCGUAUUCAGGCAACUGCAGGGCGAUCUGACCCGGCAUCUACGGCAACUAUAUCUCAAGGUGGAGCAGCUUCAACAAGAUUUGGUUUAA